UCUGAGGCUUUUCCCCUGCAUUUGCUUUAUUUGGUUCUGUACCUUCCACCACUUCAGUUAUUUUAUUUCUAAUUUAUACAAAACAUGGCAAGACUUUGGCUUUUUGCUCAGUUUUUACUUCUGUGUUUUGCAGCCUUGUUUCCUGCCUCUGAAUGCAGCGUAAUUCAAGUCAUCCCUCAAAGUCAAAGAGUUGCUGGAGUCUUCAUGAUCCCUGAGGGAGGACAGUACACUUUGAACUUCACUGCUGCCAGAGCUGCCUGUCUCUAUCUCAACGUCACCAUAGCGACCAAAGACCAGAUGGAGCAUGCAGUGCUGCGAGGCCUGGAGACGUGCAGAUAUGGCUGGAUAGCUGAAAAGAUCGCAGUCAUCCCACGACUUAUAUCUGAGGAAAAGUGUGGAAAGGGCAACACUGGGCUGGUGCUGUGGUACGCAAGAGCAGAGUCAAAGUUUGGUGCUUACUGCUUCAGCGCCUCAGAUUUAGAGGAAACUACAAAAACAUUCAAACCUGCCUCUCAGACCUCGACGUCUCCCACUACACCGACAGCACUGACCCAAACCUCAACACCUACGACCACUCCGGUUAAAUCAACAACCGAGGCUGCACCUUCCAGAAAGCCAAUCACAAUGAAAUCCCCCGAGCAGCAGACAUCUCUCACUUCAGCUUCUACUCUUCUGGUCCAGACAACACGUUCACCUGGGAUUUCUUCCACCUCCACUUCUCUGAGACCUUUCUCCACCUCAAAACCUGCUGUCAUCACAUCUGCCUUUUCUACUUCUCUUCAUUCCUCCAGUUUUUCUGUUUCAUCUUUCUCGGUGCUGCCUCAGUCUCCAAGCCCCGAAAAACUUCCUCUAGGAGCGGUACCCACGGCACUCAUCAUUCUUGUCGUCAUUCUCCUGCUUCUGACAGCAGCAGGCGCUGUGUGGUACUACAAACUGAAUAGUUUCACCUUUUGUUCUCCGGGGCAGCAGAACGACGACACGGAGACAGAGAUGUGGAAGCACACUGACAGUGAGAUGGACCUACAUAGUCAACAUGGAGCAGAGGAAGACGAUGAAUAUGAUGAAUCAGACAGGAAGUACUCUAGUGAUAUCACACUGUGUGUGAAUCCAAACAUUAAAACCCACUCUUUAGAGUAGCUUUAUGAUGUUUCUGUGGGGGAUUUUCUAGCGUGUACUAAAUGAAUUACAGCCACAGUGUUACCUGUUAAAUAUCAGUAAAUGUAUUAAAUUUACUGAGAUUGAAAAGCUACAGUUAUUCAGGUUUUCUCUUCCUGUGUUUGUAUGAACAUAUGAAUUUCCCCUAAUUAUCUUUAAAAUAUACCUGCUUAAUUUUUUGUCACAUGGCAUGUUUUGUUUCUGUUCUUGAGAGGACAAGUGUUUUGUUCCAGCUCCAGAGAAUCCAUGUUAGACAACAGUGUCCUGCAGUGGAAAUUCUUAAGUUAUAUCUACACAUUACCAGGCAGAUCUGUACACUAAUGCAAUUUAAUAUGACAGCUCUGCCAUAAAACCUAAAAUUUGAAAAGCUUAUAAUGUUCACAGAGGUGUUAAUUAAAUAUGUUUUAAUGUUGCUGCUGUUUUUUUUAACUUAGCCUCCUCAUGUAUGAAAAUAUAAUAUAGUUCAGUGUGACACCACCAUUUAGUAAUAAACAUAUAAUUAAAUGUAUACAUUUAUAGCAAUGUCAACAAAUUGGCUUUGUAUAUGUAGAAUUUAUUGCAGAGUUGUAUUGAAUUGUAUGAGAUUUUACAGGUGUACCUAAUAAAGUGGCCACAGACUUGCUCGUUUUAA